AGUAGAAGCCGUUAACGUCACAAAUGCAGAGGAAGAGGCACGUGAUAUAUACAACACUACAAGCAGAUUAAGAAACAUGGAAACAAAGCGGGUUAUAAUAUACAUAGCAUUCCUCUCUACAUGUGCUGUAAUAGCAGCAACAGUACCAGACAGGUCAACAUCGGCCUUGGGCACUAUAAAGUACGUAACCAGGACAGAAUACUGGACAGGUGAGGUGACGGUUUGUGACUGGAUACAAUGUCAUCCAGGAACAUAUGUGGAAAAAUGUGUCAAAAACUCCACAAUGGACAGAUGCCAGCCAUGCCCGAGUGGCAGCUAUUUGAAUGACACCACCACGUCAGAUAAUGUACUUGUUUGUCGUGAGCUACCGAGUUGUAGCAAAGAUGACAAUACGAUCGACUCUGAGGAGUAUCACUUUUGUGCUGGGGGAAGCCCCAUAAAAUGUCAGUGUGACACAAAACGUGGAUAUUGUGGAGACCCAUGUGCCUGCUCCAAGAAGAACUGCCAAUCAGGAGAAAACCUUUUCGAUAACUGUACUUGUGUUGGAAGAGCACAAACACUUCCACCGACCACCACAGAAAAGGAGGUACUGGUAACCACCAUAGAUGUUGAAAGCCUGACCACUGAAAAUGGCAAAGAAGCCUCAGUGACGCCAUUACCACUGACACUGUCAACGACCAGUACCACGACAGAAGGACCUGACAGUACGCAAACUGACGGGUGUAAACAAACGGCUCCAGUGAAUGAAGGCCAGAUCUGUAUGAGUGUUGGAAUUUUCAUUGGAGUAUUGAUAGCUGCAGUUUUAACACCCAUAGUUAUAGGUCUUGCGGCUGCUGCUAUAUACAAAAAUCGGACAAAAAUAUGUAAAAUAAAUGAUGACAGAAGACAGAGGAACCAGUAUAGCAGUCCUCCAGAUCAGAAUUCGUCCUAACUGUGUCAGAGCAGAAUUUGUCCUGAAGGUGUCGGAGCAGAAUUUGUCCUAACAGUGUCAGAUCAGAAUUUGUCCUAACUGUGUCGGAGCAGAAUUCGUCCUAACUGUGUCGGAUCAGAAUUCGUCCUAAUUGUGUCGGAUCAGAAUUUGUCCUGACUGUGUCAGAUCAGAAUUCGUCCUAACUGUGUCGGAGCAGAAUUCGUCCUAGCAGUGUCGGAGCAGAAUUUGUCCUAACAGUGUCAGAUCAGAAUUUGUCCUAACUGUGUCGGAGCAGAAUUCGUCCUAACUGUGUCGGAUCAGAACUCGUCCUAACUGUGUCGGAGCAGAAUUUGUCCUAACAGUGUCGGAGCAGAAUUUGUCCUAACAGUGUUCAACAUUGUAGUUAAUUUAUUAUAUUUUUUGUCAGAAAAUGUUGUUACAUAUGAAAAUUUUAUAAAGAAAUAUUUGUAUAUUGUUUUACAUGAAUUAUUUUGUUUCAGUAAAAAUAUUGUAGUGGUUGGCAAGGAACUUUAAAUGUAAAUGCAGGAAAUAUAGUAUUUUACUGUCUUUAUAUAUGAGAGUACCCCAAAGCUAUCUCCAUAACUUGUAAUAAAAUACCCACAAAUAUUUCAUGUAAUACAGUAUACCAAAUUCAAUUUUUGUAAAAUUUAAAUGAUAUCUGAAUGUUGUGAAUAGAUCUGUGAUAAAUUUUAUUGUUCUAUAAAGGAAAUUGAAACUUUCAAAUUCAUGGCAGUAGUCUUAAUAAUAUUCAACAAAAAUAAAUAUGACAUCUGCUCGAUCAAAUUAUUUUACUUUCUCCCUGUUGAUUCAUAAUGUUGCUAUCUGAAAUAUUCAUGACAUCCGCUCGAUCAAAUUCAUGGAAAUAGUCGAUGAUAAUCAACGAAAAUAUAUAUGACAUCUGCUCGAUCAAAUUUCUCCCUGUUGUUUGAUACUCAAGUUUAUUGUAUAUAGAAAACGUUGUCAUAUUCUGUGAAAUGGGUAAUAAAUUAUUGUUAUGAUAAGUUUGAAUUAUUUCAAUUAAUGUAGUGUUAAGUUUGUUCUGAUAUUUAUUGUCGGAUAUUAAGACAAUAGGCCUCAUACUUGUCCACAAGUAUAUACAAUUUAAUCUUGCUUUUAACAUGCCUGCCAAUCAAUGGCUUACAAAUUAAUGUAAUCAGCUCAUAAUAUAUAAAAAAAGUCUCUGUUUGAUUGGCUGAUACAACGAUGUAAUUAUUUCUAAGAGAACAGAGUUUGUUUGAGAGGUAAUAAAAGUGGAUUUCGGAUUUUACAGUAAAUUAAAUUUAAAGACUAUAGAUUAUGUUGCUAUUUUUCAAGGUGGAUUUUUUGUAAAGAUUUGCUUGGCAAACUGGCCAUGGUGACAGGAUACAAAUAUGUAGGAAAUGAUGUACUUGGAUUGUUUUUCAUUAAUUGUAUUAGUAAUUUUUAGCUCGUCUCUUCGAAGAAGAGUGAGAGCUUAUGUCGUCACUCCGGCGUCGGCGUCGGUUUUCCAAAUGUUAAAUUUUUGGUGCAAGUGUUGA